AUGUCUUUAACAGUAUCCGUGUUUCUUCUUUGCGUCUGCAUUGCGUCCAAUGUAAUGGCAAAUGUGAAAGUUUGCAGUCUGAAGCCGGACAGCGGAAACUGUUUUGCCGCAUUCCGGAACUGGUACCAUGUGAAAGGCGUGUGCAAGGAAUUCAUCUACGGCGGCUGCGGAGGGAACCGGAACAACUUCCAGACGCGAGAGGAAUGCGAGCGGAAGUGCGUAGUCUGCAAUCUGCCCUCAGAAACCGGGCCUUGCCGUAUGCGUUUAGAACGAUGGUUCUACGACAACGGGGUCUGUAAGAAGUUUGUUUACGGCGGGUGUGCUGGCAACGACAACAUGUUUGAGACGCUUAAUGCUUGCCAGCGUGCAUGCACGAUCGAACGACGAUAUCCGUAGUUGAUUAUACUUAUGGAAACAUCAUGAAUACGACCGUAUGAACUUAGACAGUGACUAUACAAAUACCUUAUGUUUUGUUAUUGCACAAGCAGGCGAUAUUAACAAAUUAUUUAUGAUAUAAUGAUGUGUGUUUAUAAAUACAAUAAAUCUUCUUUUUCCCUU